UGCCGGCUGGUUCGAGAUGAGCUGUUAUUCGUGGUGACCGGCAGUUGUUUUUGUUUAAAGUGGAGAGUUUGGAGCUUUGUUUUUAUGGGUAAUAGCACAAGUUCACAACAAUAUCCAAAAGACACACUUUUUUAAUCCCGGAAAUGUGACUGCGGCUGUAGGAGCUAACUCACCUGUCUGCGCUGUCUGCUCGUCCUGGUUUUUUUUUCACAACACUUUGUGCAUCCUCUGAGCUGAGUCAUGGUUGGUGAAGGAUCUGCUGAUCUGGCUCCAUCAGUCGCUGUUAAAGUCUUCUCCGCCGGAGCAGCUGGCUGUGUGGCCGACCUGGUCACCUUCCCUCUAGACACAGCCAAAGUGCGACUGCAGAUUCAAGGUGAAUCUAAGCCCUCAUUGAAAGGCCAGAGGAUGAAAUUCCGAGGUGUGUUCGGCACCAUCCUCACCAUGGUGAAGACCGAGGGCCCCAGGAGCCUGUACAGCGGUCUGGUGGCAGGCCUGCACCGACAGAUGAGCUUCGCCUCCGUACGCAUCGGCCUGUACGACAGCAUGAAGCAGUUCUACAGCAGAGGCUCAGAAAGUGCAGGAAUCGGGACUAGGAUAAUGGCGGGCUGCACCACCGGGGCAAUGGCGGUGACCUUCGCGCAGCCCACUGAUGUGGUGAAAAUCAGGUUCCAGGCUCAGAGCUGCCUGCUGGAGAGUGGCUCUGUGAAGAGAUACAGCAGCACCUUCAACGCCUACAGGACCAUCGCCAGGGACGAGGGCGUCAGAGGGCUCUGGAAAGGUGCCUUGCCAAACAUAACUCGUAAUGCCAUCGUCAACUGCUCCGAGCUGGUGACGUAUGACAUCAUCAAAGAGCUCAUCCUGAAGAACAAGCUGAUGACAGACAACAUGCCGUGUCACUUUGUAGCCGGCUUCGCAGCAGGUUUCUGUACCACCAUUGUAGCGUCUCCCGUGGAUGUGGUGAAAACACGCUUCAUGAAUUCAACGCCUGGGAAGUACAGCGGGGCGAUGAACUGUGCUUUAACCAUGCUGAUGAAAGAGGGACCCACAGCUUUCUAUAAGGGAUUUGUGCCCUCGUUUCUUCGUCUGGCUUCCUGGAACAUUGUGAUGUUUGUGAGCUUCGAGCAGAUUAAGAGAGGUGUCAUGAGAUUUCAACAGUCCAUGGAGCCUUCACUCUGACCCGUCUGACAGCUGGUUGGCAUUGGACUAGUGUUGUGUGGCAAAGCCAGGAGCGUUUGUAUCAAGCAGCUCCUGCUAAAAAAUAUGUUUUCUGCUACUGGUCUGACCUGCUUUCUCUCGGGGAUUAAACGGCACAAGUGUCUUAUUAAAAAAUAACUGCAGGGAAGAUCCUUUUGGAUUGUUACUGACUUGUUAUUCAAAUAGAUCUUUUCUAGCAAUGUUACUAAACAUUUUCAAAAUGGCGAACAAGGCCUAUUUCCUUAGUCCAGUGUGGUGUUGAUGCGGGGCCUGUCAUCGUUACAGCUUUUUAUUCAGAACUUUUUUAAAGUGUCUCGUUGGGUUUUGUAAAUUAUAUUAUAUUUUUCAUGUGAAGAGAUCUUUUUUUACAUUUUUUAGGUAUUAGGGUUUCAAGGAGUUUAUUUUUGCAAUUAAUCAAUUAAAGGUGGGGUAGGUAAUUUUGGAGAUUUGCUAGAAUUUGAAAAUACACAGCCGGAAAAAAUCUGCCACUUCCUUACAGAACCCCUCCUCUAUGGGAUUAGUUUUGUAUCAUAAAG